GCAAGAUCACAAGCAGCAAAAACAGUAUUCUGCUACUUUUACAAAGGCUGUUAAACUGUGAAAGGACCUGAUUGUAGUUCAAACUGCAAAAAGAAGAAAACGACUGUCAGCAACUUUUUCUCACAUAGCGCAUAGACUCAGUCUGAGUGCAGCAAAAUCUGCAAAAUGCAAGCCAUUCGACAAUGUUCAAUGUGUGCCAGCAGCGCUGCUGGAGGACUUCUGAGAAACCAGGCAGACUUUUCAUUUCUGCGGACAAACAAGAGCAUGCUCAGGAGGGGAGCCACCUGUGUCCGCUUCAUAAGCAUUUCUGAGAGUGGACAAUUCAGCAGCACAACACCUGAAGUGCAAAAGAUGGGCGAACAGACAAAUACUGCAACCAAGGGCUAUACAUCUUCAAGCGUUGCCAGUGGGCUCAACUCUCUCCCCUUCUCACAGCAUGUGGAGAACCUCUCUCACGACUCCCUGAUCAGAAGAGCGGCCUCAGUGGCAACAGAUGGUUCAAAUACUUUCCUCUCACAGUCCUCCUUGGCUCUCAUCGAUGCCCUCACUGCCUAUUCAAAGGCUGUACUCACUCGCAUUGCUUUCCAAAGACGCUACUUGGCCACGCUGGGAAAACUGACCCCAGCAGAGGAGGAUUCACUCCUGGAGGUGAUCAAUGUCCAGCGUGCAGAGGCUAGUGACAGGCUGGAGGACUGCAAACGCCUUGAGUCAACCUGGAUCAAUGCUGUCAACUUGUGCAAAAUGGCAGCUGAGGCAGCACACAAUUCAGGAGCUGAACACGCAUCUAUGACAGUGAGGACAAACAUUCAGGUGGCCCAGUCGCAGGUGGAGGAGGCUCGUAAACUGUCUGUUGAUGCUGACAAGAAGCUGGCUGAGACAAAGGUCGAGGAGAUCCAGAGGAUGGCAGAAUACGCAGCUUUUAGAUGGGAUAAUGAAGAGCACGAGGUGCAUGAGGCCUAUCUGAGAGAGGACUGAGAUAGACGGAGUAACCAGGAAAUCAUGCAAACACGAGCGCAUGUUUCAACUUUGAAAGCUGUGACCUGUCAACCAUUUAUUUAACUUUUUGUUCUCAUUUCUUUUUGAGCCCUUAAGUUGUGUUUGUAGCAACAGUAUUUUAAAAAAGAGAUAUUAUAAUUAUGAAAAAAGCCUAAUUUAUUAUUUAAGACUAUUUAUUUUAAAAGUAAAUGACAGCUGCUUUCUGAGCUUCUGAAUAAAUGAUUAUGGGCUGUGGGCUUAUCCAACAUUGUAUCACAGUGUUCUUUAUUGUAUGGAUUUUUGUUGAAUAAAAAGUUUCAAAAUGAAA